UACAGUCACUCCGGGUGGCGGGGCGCCCCGAGCGUGGCAGCGCGCUAGGCGGCAGCAGCGGGCGCGGAGCGGGACGCGGCCGCUGCGCGUUCCCUCUUGGCGGGGUUGGCCGGCCGGGGCGGGGCGCGGCGCGGCGCGGCGCUCGGGCUCCAGGGAGUCGGAGCUGCGGUAGCCAGGCCCGCCAGGAGCAGGAUGGCGGCGGCGGCUGCAGGCGAGGCGCGCCGGGUGCUGGUAUACGGCGGCAGGGGCGCGCUGGGUUCUCGAUGCGUGGAGGCGUUUCGGGCCCGCAACUGGUGGGUUGCCAGCAUUGACGUGGUGGAGAAUGAAGAGGCCAGCGCUAGCAUCGUCGUUAAAAUGACAGACUCGUUCACUGAGCAGGCUGACCAGGUGACUGCUGAGGUUGGAAAGCUCUUGGGUGAAGAGAAGGUGGAUGCAAUUCUUUGCGUUGCUGGAGGAUGGGCCGGGGGCAAUGCCAAAUCCAAGUCUCUCUUUAAGAACUGUGACCUGAUGUGGAAGCAGAGCAUAUGGACCUCAACCAUCUCCAGCCAUCUGGCUACCAAGCAUCUCAAGGAAGGAGGCCUCCUGACCUUGGCUGGCGCAAAGGCUGCCCUGGAUGGGACUCCUGUUUACAGGUAUGAUCGGGUACGGUAUGGCCAAGGGUGCUGUUCACCAGCUCUGCCAGAGCCUGGCUGGGAAGAACAGCGGCAUGCCGCCCAGGGCAGCCGCCAUCGCUGUGCUCCCGGUUACCCUGGAUACCCCGAUGAACAGGAAAUCAAUGCCUGAGGCUGACUUCAGCUCCUGGACACCCUUAGAAUUCCUAGUUGAAACCUUCCAUGACUGGAUCACAGGGAAAAACCGACCGAGCUCAGGAAGCCUAAUCCAGGUGGUAACUACGGAAGGAAGGACGGAACUCACCCCAGCAUAUUUUUAGGCCUCAUCUCAGUGCCUGUGAGGGGCCUGCCAGAAAAGUCACUAACCCGUUUCAGUGUGGCCUUGUCCAGCCUUGUGUUUUCUGUAACCCCUGUUUGUGGAACGAGAUAAUGAGUCCUAUUUUUCUCUCACGUAACGUGCAUUUGCUCUCCUAGGACAGUGUAAUACGUUUAUGUGAAGUGAAAACAUGCAAGACUGGUGGCCUGCAAAUAGCAUCCGUCAAUCUGUGUUAACUGCAUAGGGAGGGCUCUGCAUAGUCCCUGCCAUGGCGGUGUCAUGUUGGAUCGCUUUCGAGACUGUUUAUCUGUCCUUGACAGUGGCUGUCAUCUUGACUACUUUGUUGGUUUGUUGGUAUUGGGGACAUUUGAAAGGCUGAGUUAUUUUUGAAUGUCAUGUUUAUGUCAUAGACGUAGUUUUCGCAGCCUUGAAUUAAACUGCCUUAAAACUCCUUUUGUGGUAUAAGCAAGAUUCCAUGGACCCUGUCCUGGUAUCCUUUUCCUGUGUGGUUGCCCCGUGUCCUCUGGCCUAGGGUUAAGUGUGCAAGAUGACUACUUGUGAGUAUUCAGAAUGUUGUUCCUAAUACAUGCACUUGUUGUCCGUCUUCUUUAAUCAAAUCACGUCUUAUAUACAGCAGUCAGAGAUGAGUACACUAGAAUCAUGGAUUGCUGGAGGUCUUUUAAUCUGGUGUUCUCAGAAGGGGGUGGAUUUAAAUCCUGAAAUAAAUAUUUCAUCACAAGAA